ACAUUCUCAACAUCUCAAAUUUAUUCAAAAUCAAGUUCAUAAGCUGAAUUUUAUAUUCAGGAUGUUUAAUUAUCCUAAAAACCCAAUGUCUCCCCCAUAUCAGAAUGGUUUGACCCAACCUGGCACACGCUGCUGAAAACAUGGACGGACGAGCUGGCAAAAAAACGACGCUCCGCUGCAUUAAAAAAGUCCCUUGAAAUUUUUAUUUUCCCAUGCAAAGGCCCGCGACCCACUAAAAAUGGGUCCGCGACCCACUAGUGGGUUGCGACCCACCAGUUGAGAAUCACUGGGAUAAAGGAUUUGGUGUAGGCGAGGUUUCCCAGCUGACCCUGAACGCAGCAGCAGCAGCCUCCACCGGAGCAGAUUCCCCCAGACAGCCGCCCGUCACCUCAUUAGAAUCAAGACGAAUCAAAAGCCACAAUGAAUAUUUCUCAUGAAAUCGGACUCCUGGUGCAGGAGAUUCAGCGACUCGGCAGUAAAAGUGCCGAUGGUCAGACCAAAGUGAAGUUCGGCGUCCUGUUUAACGACGACCAGUGUGCCAACAUCUUCGAGGCGCUGGUGGGCACCCUGAGGGCCGCCAAGAAAAGAAAGGUGAUCAACUUCCAAGGGGAGUUGCUGCUGCAGGGCGUCCAUGAUGACGUCGAUAUCGUCCUGCUCUAGGACCGAGGGGCAAAGAUGUUAUGCUCUUAACAACGUCAUGGAUCAACAAGUUGUCUAAAUGAGGAAAACCGAAUGAGCUCAAUUCUAUGCUGAUUAUGAAUGAAGCUGAAAUGUAAUCGAGAGUACAGAACAAUGCAGACCGAGUAGAAGUCUGAAAGGUCGUGGAAAUAUCGGAGGACGGAGCGAGGAAGGAAGCCGCUGCUUGCAUCACCGUCGAGUUAUCCUGCUGCGUGUUGCUCUGGCGUGGGCUGAAUGCAAAUGACCUCACAAGUUAACACUUACCAAGUAGGGAAAGUUGUGAUCAGACGAGUGCUAAUACCUCAAGCCAUUUCUGUGAACUUGUGGGCUGCCUGCAGGAUGCGUUCAUGUGCGUUCAUUACUGUCUUUUUGUAUUUGCAAUAACGCGUUAAGUAAAAAAAACAAAAGGUUUCUGUCGCGAUGGGAUAAACAGGAAUAAAAUCUUUACAAUUUGAAACCUUGAA